CCCACCAUUCACCGUCUCUCGGUUAGUUUUUCAUGCGUAUCCAAACACCUCUUUUUCCCCCUUUAUAUAAACGACACCGUAUACGCAACUCCAUCAUCGUUCUAAAUUAAUUCUAACAGGUUCGGCAUAAUUGAGCGAUCGAUGGCGGCGUUGAUAAGGUCACCGGCGGUGAUACUGGCGAUCCUGACGAUCUCGGCGUGCAUCGCGUGUACGGCGUCGUACGGGGGAUUGGUCGGGGGAAGGUCGAAGAUCCCUGACGUGAAGGCGAACAAGGAGGUGCAGGAUCUAGGGCGGUUCUCGGUGGAGGAGCAUAACCGGAUGCUGAGGCAGGCGCAGAAGGAGGAGGAGCAAGUCACGUUCGUGGAAGUGGUGGAGGCGCAACAACAAGUGGUGUCUGGGAUCAAGUACUACAUGAAGAUAUCGGCCACGCAGGGUGGCGACGGUGGAGAUUCCAGAAUAUUCGAAUCCGUUGUGGUGGUGAAGCCGUGGCUUCGUUCCAAGCAGCUUCUCAAUUUCGCUCCUUCCACGCAGUGAAAUACGAUCAAUUUCGGUUCCGUUUCAACUACUUUUUUAACUCAUAAUAACAUGCUUAAUUGGUUUAGUAUGCUUUAAUCCUUCUAAUAAAAAAUAUGAAAGAGAGAAAUAAAUGUUUACAAUUUCUGUUUCAGACAUGAAUCAACUAGUUAACAGGUUAACAAUCAAACAAUCAGUCAUCUAUGUACCAAAGAAAUCAAAUGAAUACUGAACUGAAUGUCAAAUAUCUAAAGAUAUAUUUACAUUGUUUUGAGCAUGGAGUCUCUCUAUGUUUUUUUUUAAUUUA